AUGAUGAUUAAGCUUGUUCUAUUUAUCCUACUAAUUCAAACAUAUUAUACUUUUCAUAUUAAUUAUAAAAUAUUGAGAAACAACAACAAUCCAAAUUUUGUACAAAAAAUUAAGUUUGCUAGUAAUUCUUUUAAACAUAAGAAUAUAUAUUCAAGGACAUAUAAAUUAUCGUCUUUUAUUUCGAAUUAUUUUACCAAUGAAGGUGACAAAUAUGCUCUAAAUGAUGAGGAAAAAAACUACCUAAAACUUUUAGGUAGAAGUGACAAUGAUGACUACAAAGAAUUGGUUAAAUCACAUGAGGAGUUUCUAAAAUGUUGUAAUGAUAUUAAACAAAAACUAAAAUAUAAGGAUAUAUUUUUUUUUAUUACCCAAAAAAUAAUUAAAAAAAAUUUAUACGAAUUUAAAAGAAACAAUACCUUAAAUAUAUUUUCUAGAGAUAAUUAUACUAGCGAGUUAUCCCUUGAUUAUAUAAAAACAUCAAAUAUAGAAGACCGAAUUAAAGAGCAACUAAUAAAAAAGUUUGAGUCUAAAUUAGGAAUUUUCGAAUAUCUUUCAUUUGGGAUUUUUAAGAGGAAAAGUAUCCUUGAAAUUAUCAACAUAACUACUUUAAUGCUUCCAAUAACUUUUAUUGGAUUGCUAUUGUCAAAAAUGGGUUUAUUUUCUGUUGCAGUAAAUUCAUUACUAACUGCACAUUUCUUAACAUUCAAAAAGGAUCAAAAGAAGAAAAUGAACAUUUCCACUUUUAUUUUAACAAUGUUACCAAUAUUGUUACACUCAUCUUUGGGUAUAGCGUGUAACAAUAUCUUCCUCAAAAAUUAUAGGCAUAUAAUACCAACCUUUAUACGGAAUGAAAAUAUUUUGGCAUUUUUUAUAAACAUCCAAUUAUAUAUAGCCUCCUUAAUUUAUUUUGUUAACAAUGAUAAAAAGGAAGAUAUGGAACAUCAUGAAAAUGAAUUGCAAAAUAAUGAUGAAUUUAUCAACCGUAUGGGAUUUUGA